GUACCAAAAUGGUUCAGUGACAGAAGCCGUAUUUCUUUGGAUUCUGGAUCAUAUCUUGCUUAUCACAGAGGCCGAAAUCCAAGUCAAAGCACGAUCUUCUCAGUAGAUUAUCUUACCAACUAGCAACAUCCUUGAACCUGGAGAUUACGAUGUUUCUUCAGAUGGUACUACUGAACUCACCCAACGCAUUAUGUCACAUAGUCUCAGCACACGAGCAAACAAAUUCCGCCAGGAAAUUACGUCAACGAGAUGGGAUAUAUAUCCUGUCAGGUUUGAUAAAUUUAACUGUGAAGUUUAAUGACUGGUUCAUGUUCGAGGCAGCACAUAUCUUCCCUCUCGAGAAGGAAACUAUAUGGAUUCGGGAUGAUUUUGGAAGAUGGAUUACUGACAUGGACAAUACGACAGGUUAUUCAAAGAUAGAUUCUUGUCAGAACGGUCUGCUUAUGCAGCGUGAUUUUCAUGCGAUGUACGACAACUACCUUAUCUCAAUAAACCCAGACGAUGGUUAUAAAAUAAUAGUAUUCAACCGUGAUGUCUCUGGUAUUGAUGGAGGAGUCCUGUAUGUCGCAAUCCGAUGGACCUACACCGUGCCUCCGAUGAGUUACUUAGAUGGCAUUUCCGGCAAUCAGUGCUUGCGAACAUGAGAGGUGCCAUCUUCGAACAUGAUUUCCCUCCCGG